AUGCUUCCGCGGGACUUCCGGAAGGACUUCCGGGGAGGAUGCUCCGGACCCGCCGACCCUUUUCAAACGGACCAAUCGGCACCCGCGCAGUCCGACGGCGCGUUUAAAUCCUUGGCGGGGUUCGGCGGCGUCGGGCGAGGUGGGCCGCUCAGCUCCCGGCCUGCUGGCACCCGGGACGGCCCUGCCUUCCCCCGCUCCCCGACCUGCCCCGGACACCUGCCCCACUCCGGCCGCUUCCUCCUUGCAGCUCUGGCCAUGGACCGAGCGGCCGGCGGGCACGCGCAAACGGAUGAGGCUGAGAAAGAAGGUGUCGUUCUUCUGGCUGAUGAGCAGUUCGACUUUGAUCUCUCCUUGUCGCCCUCCAGUGCAAAUGAAGAUGAAGUGUUCUUCGGGCCUGUUGGGCAUAAAGAAAGAUGCAUUGCCGCCAGCCUGGAGCUCAGCAGCCCUGCCCCUGGGCCGGCCCCCGGAAGCCCCCUGGAGUGGAGUCCCCUGGCCGGGGAGAAGUUCGUUGAGGUGUACAAGGAAGCGCGUCUGCUGGCCCUGCAGAUAGAGGGCAGCCGCAGGCCCCGGGCUGCCCCCGCGGCCCAGCCCCACGAGCCCGCCAGCCACACGGUGGAAAGAUUCGUGCAGGAGUCGCAGCUGAAACUGAGCCUCUUUGACAAGGAGCGGGAGGAGCAGAAGAGCCCCAAGUCACUAAAACGAGAGACGUACUUCCUGCCCAACAGCCCCUUGGGACCAGUGCUCCCAGGCCUCCAGCCCUCGGUCGUGCCCAGCUCUGCUGCCCAGGCUGGCCCCGUCCGGGCGCAGGGGCCACUGCUCUCGUCUCAUCCAGGGGCUGCCCGCCCUGCCAACCCGACAGUGACGCAAAAGAGGGUGCCCAGCAAGCUGCAGCUGCCUAGGGCGUCAGUGGCGGGCAGAGGGAAAGGCCUUCACGUGACCUCGGAGAAGCUCAAGAAAGAGAUGCCGAGUCGUCUUCCCAGCACGGAAACCCUGAAAGGAAAGGAGCUCCGUGGGGGUGCACUCGCUGACGCGGCCAGUGCGCCUCUGGACACGGCCAGUGUGCCGGCCGCUGGAAGCCACCUGGCCCCGGGCAAGCGAUCACUACCCGUGCCUCCCAAGUUGGGGCUGAGGAAGAGCCUGUUGCGACCACCCAGCUGCAGUCUGGCCCGGAAGUCCUCUUCCUCGGGGGGCGUGUCCCGUGAGGUGGCCGGUGUGUGCCCCUCUCCCACAGCAGGCAGAGCUAAGCUUGCCAGCACUCCGGCCAAUGGCUCCUUGCCUCUGCCAAACACUGGCAGGUUGGGCAGAACAGGUCCCACUGUGCCACCCCAGCCUCUACCGGCAGCAGAGUCCAACAGAGCCAAGUCCACACUGGAGCAACCCACAGUACCCCCCGCAGCUGCUCCCACACAGCCCCAGACCCCCAGAACAAGGGACCCAGGGCUGCUGCCAGCGUCUUCUCGGCUGAGUGAAGUUGGAAGUGUCGGGAGGCAGGAUUCGCAUCGAAGAUCCUCAACAAAGACCAUGCCGACUCCCACAGAUCCGUUUAAGGUUCCCAAGUUUUCUGUUGUUCACUCCCCAAGUGUCCGCAGAAGCCAGGAAGUCCACCCUGAUCUCCCACGUGGGUGGCAGGGCCCAAGCAUCCGGGCUGUCAUGUGCUGCCUUCAGGGUGGCUCACCAGGCGGCACAACGCCCAAGCCCUCACGGGUGCAGAGGUCACAGUCCUGUGCAUCAGCUAGGAGGGUUGUUAUCCACAGCACCCCCACAAGAUGCGUCUCGGGGCUGGCCUCCCCAGGGCUGGCCAGCAGUGUGCAACCGCCCCGGAGUGCGAGGCACCUGUCAGCCUUGCCCACACCCACUGGCCGCCGCCUUUCCAGUUUUGUGCGGGACACCCCCAGGACUGCACCCAGGGCACUGGCCUCACCCCUGCCCGGGCCUGCUUGGCGACUUUCUUCAGAGCCCCGGCAGAAAUGCGCAGUGAGGAUGGAGCCGACACAGGGGAACAGCGGGGCCGAGUCCGAGCCUGCAGCGUGGUCGCCAGAGGGCAGCUCCUGUGCCCCGGCUGUGCCUCAGGCACUCUCCUUUUCUCCAGAACGAAGUGAGCUGACUUCCCCAAAAUGCACUGGGCCAGAAGCAGCUCUGGAAGAAGCCAAGCCCAGUGUGGAUGCAGCCCCUGGAGAGGCUCUCCUCGUGGACAUUGGGCUGGCCCAGCUCUCCCUCACGGCAGUGGCGGGCAGCAGGUCCCCCACUGACCUCCCGCUCAUCGACUUCUGCAGCUCUCCAGAAGUGAAUGUGGUUCAGGGGUCUGAGAGCCGACCCCUGACGGACCUCAUGACAAACACCCCAGACCUGAGUCGGAGUGUUGCGCCUAAGCCAGCACCGGUGGUAGGGCAGCUCAUCGACCUGAGCUCUCCCCUCAUCCAGCUGAGCCCCGCUGCGGACAAGGAGAACGUGGACUCGCCGCUGCUCAAGUUCUGAGUCGAGUGGGGCUUCUCACCGCUUGCUCUUUGCUCUAAGGAAUUUCCUCAAGUGAUUUUCAACCCAUGGGAACAAAAUUGAGAAGAAACUGACUAAAGAAGGCUGUGCUCCCGAAGGCCA